AGGAUGAGCAGACGACAUUCGCAAACACAAGAGUUCCCACACUAUGACGCUAGCCGGAAGGAGCUGCCUAUUUACACUUACCGGGAAGAGUUGGUGGAGGCAAUGAACCGAUUUCAGUGCCUCAUAGUAGUAGGAGAUACAGGCAGCGGUAAAACAACACAAUUACCGCAGUAUGUAUUGGAGGCCUUACCGGAAAUUCGAAACAUUUGCGUCACCCAGCCGCGGCGAAUUGCUGCGAUCUCGGCUGCCCGCCGUGUCGCCGACGAACGACGGACGCGACUCGGGGAACAAGUGGGCUACUCGAUCAGAUUUGAACGUUCUGCAUCGUCUUCUACACGUCUUCUGUAUGUGACAGACGGCACUCUGUUGCGAUCCGUCGCUGCUGACCCUAAAGUCUCGGCAUACGAUCUCGUAGUAUUAGACGAAGCUCACGAGAGAUCGCUUGAGACAGAUGUCCUCUUCGGCCUGUUACGAAGAGCAUGCAGAUUGCGCCCCGAGCUGAAGGUUGUUGUGAUGAGCGCGACCCUCGAUAUUGAUAAAUUUUCCGAGUUUUUCGGUGAUGCACCAGUCUUCUCCAUUCCGGGACGUAUGUACGCUGUGGACAUUCUAUGGCAGAAGAAAAUGAAAUUGGGCACCGCGAAGGCCACUUUUGUGCGAAGAUCCGUUGAUACCGUCCUACACAUUCACAAAAAUGAGGAACCAGGGGAUGUUUUGGUUUUUCUUACAGGUCAGCAAGAAAUCGAACAGGCAACCAGAUUACUGCAAGAAGCCCACGAGGCAUUGGACUAUGUAGAGGUGCGGCAUCGAAGUAGAGUACAUGAUAUUGCCGUGUAUCCUAUCUUUUCGGCAUUGGAGACACUCGAGCAACGUGCCAUCUUUGAAGCAACUCCGGAAGGUGUAAGGAAAAUUGUCUUCGCGACAAAUAUUGCCCAAACCAGUGUCACCAUUCCAGGUAUCCGAUACGUGGUGGAUUCAGGGUUUGUGAAGCAAAAGAUGUACGAUGCCCAGACAGGCGUGGACGCGCUUGUGGUUGUACCCAUCAGUCAAGCUGCUGCAACCCAGCGCGCAGGUCGUGCUGGCCGGACAGCUUCUGGAAAGGUGUACCGUUUGUACUCUCGUGAGGCUUUUGAAGACAUGGAACCUGCAACCGUACCAGAGAUCCAGCGCAGUUCUCUUAUCGGGACGGUUCUGUCUCUAAAAAAGAUGGGCAUCGAUGAUAUCUUGAACUUUGAGUUCAUUGAUCCACCAGAUCCAGAUUUGGUGGUGGCAGCUAUCAAGCAGCUUUUUUUAUUGGGAGCUGUAGAUGAACACGGUCAUCUUACACCGCUUGGCCAUCAAAUGUCCGAAUUCCCUAUUUCACCUUUCCUUUCUCGCGUCCUUAUCUCUGCUGCUUUAGAUUUCAGUUGUUCUUAUGAAGCUUUGAUUAUCGCCUCGAUGCUGUCAGUGGAAGAAAUCUUCGCUACUCCUCGCGGCAAGAAAAAGCAAGCAGCCGCUGAAGAGUCCAGGCGGCGGUUUGAUGACCCUAGUGGGGACCAUUUGACUCUACUUCGCAUAUUUCACGAAUGGAGGGACUACGGGUACUCAAAAGACUGGGCCUUUAGCAACUUCAUACAUUUCCGUGCCUUGCAAGCAGCUAGGAAGGUCAAAGAGCAGCUAACGGAAAUAAUGGAAAGAUUAGAAUUGCCUAUUGUUACGUGCGAGGUGGAUGACCGGGAGAGGGAGAAGAAGCGCUUGCGACGGGUAGAAGACCCUGACCAUGGCAGAAUCAGAAAAGCUGGAAUUUGCGACUUUGGGAACGGCCGGCAUGUGGAUUCCACGCCUAUCUUACGGGCUUUCUGUACGGCAUUCUAUGUACAUACCGCGAAGCGGCACCCACAGAGACCAGUGUUCUAUCCGUACGUUACUUCCAUUGGGGCAAACGUUCCAACAGGACAGCAGACGCCAGGGGGUUCGGGUAUGAGCAGCGCUCAUCUAAUGGCCCUAUAUCUCCAUCCACAGUCAGCACUCUCCACUGAGGACAUCAACCGGUUGGACUGGGUCAUUUACAAUGAUAUUCAGUACGUCAACCGAGCAACGAUGCGUGUAUCUAGCAAGAUACGCUUUGACUGGGUCGAUGUUUUGAUGGGGAGACUCAAGGUCGUCGAUGAGGAAAGAUUAGCGGGUCGAACUCCUGCGACCCGUGAAGGUCGGCGGCCGUCUAUUAUCAGCGCUGUGGGAGAGGUUGACAGUAAAAGUGAAGAGAACGAGGAGAAUGAUGCGGAUGGUCAAAGGGAGAAAGAGCCAGAAUUUGAACUUGUGCAUGAGGUGAUUGAUGAGAUGCAUCGGGUGGAAAGGGCUAUUGGGGACGAGGUGGGCAAAUCUGCUGUACACGUGGGGCUGCAGCAUAAUGGACAUGGCGGCAACUCAUCCACAGGACGACGAGUGUCGCUGGGAGGCGGGGAGGGAGGGCUUGGGGAUUUGCACAGUGAGAAGGUCACAGAGAAUGCGGACGCGGAGGCGACUAGGAGGGAGAGUAUGGUCAACGCUGCAAAGGAAAGAUAUCUAAAGAGGAAAAAUCGACGCUGAUUCCACAAUGUAUAUUUUAUCAAUAGCUUCUAUAUAGUUGUAGCUACUACACUUCUGGGCUAGACCGAGAAGCAUGAACCGAAACAGCCAGUGCAGAUAAGGAUGCGUUGAUGUUGGAUACUGGAACGAAAGUUAUGAAGUCUCCUUGGCCGCUAGCAGUUUCCCAUUUUACCGCUACUCAGUGAAGACAUGCUCUCAGAACCCAGAGCCUCUGAAGGACCUUGACAACUCUUCCUUACCUUUUUCGAUCCAGGCCAACGGAAUAUUGCAAUGGUAGAAUACUCUUAUCGAAAUCACUUCCUUCACACCCAGCGUUCUCUCACUCACG